AUGUUGGUUGGGAUAAUUUUCUGUUUCAUACGGAAACUCAGAUGGCGAAAAAAGACAAAUAAGGAUGUUAAUGUGGAAAAAUUUCUAGAAGAUCAUCAAUUCCUUGCUAAAAGGUACACUUAUUUGCAAGUAAAGAAGAUGACAAACUUAUUUGAACUCAAAUUAGGACAAGGUGGCUUUGGUUCAGUGUAUAAAGGAACAUUAAGUAAUGGAAGCUUAGUGGCGGUGAAGAUAUUAAGUGAAUCGAAAGGAAAUGGUGAAGAUUUCAUAAACGAAGUCGCAAGUGUUGGCAGGACGUCCCAUGUAAAUGUCGUAAGUCUUGUGGGAUUUUGCUUUGAGGGCCAUAAAAAAGCAUUGAUUUAUGAGUUCAUGCCUAAUGGGUCACUUGAGAAAUUCAUAUAUAACCCUGGGUUUUUGAGUAGUAGUCAACUUGGUUGGGAAAAAUUACGUGAGAUUGCUAUUGGGAUUGCCCGAGGCUUAGAAUACUUGCAUAGUGGUUGUAACACACAAAUUUUGCAUUUCGACAUAAAGCCCCAUAAUAUUCUUUUAGAUAAAGAUUUUUCUCCUAAGAUAUCAGAUUUUGGCCUUGCUAAGCUAUCCCUCGAGAGAAGAAGCAUGAUGUCCAUGUCCCUUAUGAGAGGAACACCUGGGUAUAUAGCCCCCGAACUAUUCUCAAGGAGUUUUGGGCAAGUAUCCCACAAAUCAGAUGUUUAUAGUUAUGGGAUGAUGAUUUUGGAAAUGGUUGGAGGGAGGAAAAAUGUUGAGGUUGGAGUUGAUCAUACAAGUGAAAUAUAUUUUCCUCAUUGGAUAUACAAAAAAGUUAAAUUUAAUGAAGAACUUGGACUGCAUACAAGUAUGAGUGAUGAAGAAAAAGAGAUGGUAAGAAAAAUGAUUAUUGUGGGCUUAUGGUGCAUACAAACAAAUCCCUUGAACCGACCAACAAUCACGAAGGCAUUGGAAAUGUUAGAAGCGGACUUAGAGUCACUGGAAAUCCCUCCAAAACCUUAUUUGUCUUCUCCAUGA